GGGACCCCGUCCACGUCGCUCGGACAUACAUGCUUCCCGUCGUUUUCGCCGCCGGGCCACCCACCGCAUGGCGCCAUGGGUCCGUGGUCGGAGCGCGAAUAAAGAAACCGAACCGCCUCAGCGCAUGGUAUUGCCUGGCCCUGUGUGCUCGUCCCGCCCGCGCCGAGCCUGUUUUCUCCUCGCCGGUCCGUGUUCGUCCCGGCGUAGCCAUAUAUACCCAGACCUCAGUUUGGUUCAGCACAGCAAGCACUCAACCUCCCACUCCCGGCGCACCAACCCACUGCCAAGCUAGCUACGCGCACGAGCUCUCCAUGGCCGCAUCGGUAGCCUGCGCCUUCUUCUUCGACGCCGAGCCGGUCGGCGAGCCCGGCGUGCACGCCCUGGACGCGUGCGCGCUCUGCACCAAGCCGCUGGCAAGGGACAGCGACAUCUUCAUGUACAGAGGGGACACGCCCUUCUGCAGCGACGAGUGCCGGCACGAGCAGAUGCAGCUGGACGCCGCCUGCGCCAGGCAGGCGGCCAGGGCGGCCGCCCGGAGGCAGAAGCAGUUCUCUUCAGCAACGGAGUCCGGGCGUGCACGCCGGGAGUCCUGGGAGGUGUCCGUCGCGAGCUAAGCGGCGAGAGUGGCAGAGACCGUAUGUACUUGAGCUAACAAGCUCCGCAUGGAAGAAGCUGCCGUUGCCCUAUCAGCGCGAGAUCGAGGAGACUCUCCUUGGUUGAAGAAGCAAGACGCGGGCUAUCGGACUCUCUUACGGCAGCGUUGGCAGGCCGCCGGUCAAGUGAUUUGGGCAUAAACGCAGCGGAAAGGAGCUGGACUGGAUCUGAAGAAGUCAAUCAACAAGAUUCUCCACGCAAUUAGGCGGCCCAUGUGUGCCCCGAGCAGUCCCUCGGCUCUCCUUUUCUCCUGCGUCAGUGUAACUUCUGUAUGAUUCCGAAUUUGCUUUAGGCAAUAGCACUUUCACUGGGUAAACUAUCAAGCGAAUCGACAUAUAACAUGUCUUUGUGCAAUCUCGUUUCUGUUCACGAUUCAGCGUGCUCACGGGAUUUAGCAAAGCUAAAACGUUGGAUGCCAAAAACUGAAUUUUGUUCUAGACAUGGGGUGCCAAAAACCGAAUCCCCAUACUAAUCUGAUUGCUAAACUCGGUCGACAAAAAUUAAAAGAGUCUC